CUGCAUCCCACUUUCAGCCUGUUCCGCGCCAUGUCGAAGAAGGUCGUCAUUGUCGGCGGACACGGGAAUGUCUCCCUCCGCCUCACCCGCCUCCUCACACCCAAGCACACCGUCACCUCUAUCAUCCGCGAUCCCGCACACGCCUCCGACAUCGCAGCUGCCUCUGCCAGUCCGCUCGUGCUCUCCAUCGAAGAGUCCACCCCCGCGGACUUCGCCAAGGUCUUCACCGGGCAGGACGUAGUGUACUGGUCCGCCGGCGCCGGCGGCAAGGGCGGCGAGGCGCGCACCAAGGCCGUGGACUAUGAGGGCGCGGUAAAGGUGUUUGACGCCAUCGAGGCGGUCGAGGGCCCUAAGCCGCGCCUGAUCCUCGUCUCGGCCAUCGAUUUGCGCGACCCGUCGAAGCCGCCGCCGCCGCAUUAUAACGACGCGGACAUCGCCAUGUCCGAGCGCAUACGGAAGGCGAUCCCGGCCUACAUGCAUUGGAAGUACGAAGCGGACAAGAACCUCGCGCAGCGCACCGCGUUCAAGUGGACCAUCCUCCGUCCGGGAGGGCUCACCAACGAGCCCGGCACGGGAAAGGCGGCGGUCGGGCGCACGCAUAUCACGACGCCUAUUUCGCGCGAUGACGUCGCCAAAGCCCUCGCCCUCCUCCUCGACCGCGAGGACGCCGCCACCCUCGCCAUCGACAUUGUCGGUGGCGACGCGCCCCUCGAAGAGGCCCUGGACGCUGCCAUCAAGAAGGGGGAGACUGACUUCCUGUACUGAUUGUGCUGGGAUGGUGAGAAGCCGCAGCUUGCUGCAUGAAGCCAUUGACAGAAGGUUGAAGCGUGAGGAUGGAGAUUGAGAUGAAGUCUAACCUGUACGACCUAACGUUGAAUGUAUAACACCCAAGAAUGUGUCUACCGCGUAUACGGUCCAAGAAACCAG